AUGGGGAAGGGGCAAGGUGGAUUGAAAAUGAACAGGGAAUCUCAUCUGAUAAGGAAAUCAUCAUCUUCAUCCCUGAGCAAGGCACAACAGCAGAGGCCACCGGUGAUAAUCUACACGCAUCCUCCCAAGGUGAUUCAUACGCACGCCAGAAACUUCAUGGAACUCGUUCAGAAGCUCACCGGACUCUAUCGCACCGACCCCGAGGACAACGGCGGAGGCGAAGAGGUCUUAAAACCGCCUACGCCGCCGCGAAAGGAGGAGCCGAAGGCGAACGAAGCGGCGUCGCCGGAGGAGGUGGAGAGUAGCUGCUACAACUGCGUGGAUUACGCCAAGAAUUAUGCGGUAUUUGAAUCCGAUUUCUUGUGUUCUAAUAAUAAGCCCUUGCUCACCUUUGCGGAUCCCUCCUUCUUCUUCUCUGGAUGA